UACCGUGCGCGCAAUGCAUUGGGAAAUCUUUACUGUUGGUGCGCCACCAGAAAAAUAAAAAAACGCUGUUGCUAGGACACGUUCGAGUAAACAAAAAAGUGUCAUCUAGCGUUUCUUUGCUGAUGCAAAUUGGUUUCAAAUCGAUUCAUUCAUCUACAAUUUAGCUAAUUGCAGUUAUAUUUAACCGGAGAAAUGAAAUUGGCUGGGAAAAGAAAGGAACCUGACCCCCUGAACCCCAAAGUCUUGCUAUGGGCAGAUGUAAGUUACAGUAACAUGGAGGAAAUUGAAAACACCAAGGACAUACCAGAGCUAGAGAGAACUCUAUGCUGUGUGCUGGGAGUAAACAUUCCUGAGCCGAGGAGGGGAGUCCUGCUGGAGCUCUAUGUCCACACAGUGCUGUUCUGUAGAGAGAGCAACUUCAACAGGGAGCAGACGUCUGUCCUCCUCUCCAUCGUCAAGAGCAUGCAUCAGGCUAACACUGAAACUCCACUCAACAACAUGGGCCAUUGCUAUGCAUACUGCAGUGAACUUCUGCUCUGUCACUCUGUCAGGAGACCUCCCUUCAGUAUCAGCCUGUUCAGCUCUGAGGAAGUGACCCAGAUCUUGAAGUAUCUCCUUAACACCUAUUUUAGACAUUACAAUCUGUACAAGUACAUAUUCACCCCUCAGGUUAGAUUGGAUCUGUCUUUUUCCUACUCUGGCAUGCCAGAUGAAGACCCUGUCACUGAGCCUGACGCAGUAUCAUCAGAUGGAUACUGUAAGGAAAACAAGCCAGAGACUGCAGAAGGGGAGCAGCCCAUUGAAGCAAUGAACACAGGGCCAGAGGUGGCUAAUACAGAUCCAUCGCCCAAGUCAGAGUUGAGGACGAUAAUACAACAGGAAAUGAGAGAGGAGAUGAUACAUAUGUCAAGGCAACUAGAGCAACGAUUGAAGGAAAGUGCAGAUCGGCUAAAUAGCGCUCUGACAUCACUGGAGACCAAUCUCCAAGGCAAAAAGUAAACAUCAAAGCCUGAUUUUUAUCUAUGCAUUUCAUUCUGUUCUUUUGCACUAAAACACGUUAGUCAAAUUUGAGAUCUAGGUUAUUUGUGGGUGGGUGUCUGUCAGUAAAGAGGUUGAUUGCGUAACCAUGCUUUUGUUAACUCUUUUAACACAAAAUCAACACACAAAUAUGACAAAGUAAAUAGGUUACUUUUAUUAUCAAUAAAACAUUGGUCUUUCA